GGAGGCGGGAGCAUAUGGAGGCGUGGCUGUACCAAGUCACGUGACUUAUGGUGCAUAACUUGAGAGCCUGAUACAAGAAAUAGAGCAAAAUCUCGAGCAAAAUGCCUGGUAGGAAGGAUAAGAAGAAAGAUAGAGGAGAGAAACCAAAGGGUGGCGGGGGACUGGCCUCGUUUCUUGGCGUUGGAGGGAUGCCAGAGUUCAAUGAUGAGGAUUUAGAGGCGGAAUUACUAGCCAUGACAGGUGGUGGAGUGAGUAAGGGCAAAAAGAAAGGAAGCAGCAGUGGAGGAGGAGGAGCCUCGUUAGCUGAUAUUGAUAAGAUGCUGUCAUCAGCUCACAAACUGGGAGAGGAGACUGGAGAGGGUGAUGAUGAUGAAGAUGAUGAUAUGGAUGUUGACGAUGCUGAUCUAUUAGCUGAACUGGAAGGAAUGGAAGAUGAUGAUGAUGAAGGUGCUGAUGAUUCCAUGGAGAUUACAGUAGAAAGGCCUCCUGUUAGACAGAAACCUACUCCUCCUGCUCCUGUCAAACCAGCUGGAAAAACUAGUUCAUCAAAUAACUUACAGAUAGUCAACGAGAGGUUGAGUGCUUAUAGAUCAGCCUCUGCUGCUGCUAAAGCUAAAGGAGAGACUAGUAAAGUGAGACGGUAUGAGAGAGCCAUUGGCUCAAUGAAUGAAAUGGUGAAGGACCUGAAGGCAGGGAAGAGGGUCAACAUGGAGGAACUACCUCCUGAGGUUUUUGUACCGUCGGGUGGAGGAGGAGGAGGGGGAGCUAGUGGGAGUGGUAGUUUGGCUUCAAAGGGAAAACCCCAAACAGAAAAGGUUGAUGAUGACGAGUUUGCUGAGUUGGCGGAAUGGGCUGGCAUCUCCACUGAUAAAGGAAAAGCUGAGGUAGCUGCCCCCAAGGCCACACCUUCUGCUGAUAUAUCACUGAUAUCAGAGAGACUCAAGAUGUAUCAGGAAGGACUCAAGGCAGCCGAGACUGCAGGAGACUCAAGCAAAAUAAGGAGGUACAAGCGCUCUGUAGAAACCUUGACGUCUCUUCAAAAAGAUGCUAAAAGUGGCCGCCAUGUUGACAUGGAGACCAUACCACCUGUCAUCAAUGUACCGGUGAACCAGACCACACCCACUAGCAGUAAACCUGUUUCAAAGACCACACCCGCUCAAACCGGCAACUUGAUUGAUUUGGAUGAUCCUGAAUUUGACGAGUUUAAUUUAUCAGAGGAAGACAUGGCGGCCAUGAUGGCUAGUCUUCCAGAACAGAAUAAGCCUGUGACCACACCUACUCGGCCUCCGCCCAUUCAAGCCACGCCUCCAAAGGUCCAAUCAGUUCCAAUGAAACCAAAGCCUCAGGCUCCGCCCCCACCAGCUCCAAAACCUCAAACCAUGCCUGCUUCAUCCCGCCCACCUGGACUAAUUGAUUUAGAUACUCCGGAAUUUGCAGAGUUUGAUUUGAGUGAAGAAGACAUGGAACUGCUCGCCUCACAACUUGACAUGUCAAAGAAUGUCCAAAAAACUCCGCCCACUGCUACUUCAGCAGCCACACCCCCAGUAGUCACGCCUCCUAGAGAAACAACUCAGAGUUUACCGACAAAGAUGGUUCGUCCUGUUGGUAUGGGUGGACCUGUCACCAAAGAACAAGUAUUACUGGUACUAAGGGAGAGAAAGGAUCAGUACAUGACAGCAGUGCGAUCAGCUAAAGCUAAAGGAGACGCUAGUGGUACCAAACAAUACGGAUCAGUUGCUAUUCAGUUUGAUAAAGCCAUAAAGAGUAUCGAACAAGGACAGCCCAUUGAUCUAUCUGGUACUCCCCCUCCUCCCCCCGGCUUUACUUCUAACUAUAACUAUGACAUAUCUAAAUACAAAUCAGCCACACCAGCACCAGCAGCCAUGGGUACAGCCCCUCAAUCAGCCCAAGGAGGAGGAGGAGAGGGUGAUAGUGAUCCUGGUAUUCCUGUUCCAAAGACUCCAUUAGAAGGACUCCAGCAAAGACUAGAUAAAUACAAGGAGGGAUUGAAAUUAGCAUCAGAUAAAGGAGAGUCCUCAAGAGUCCGUAGACUAGGAAGGAUCAUCAAACAAUACGAGGAAGCCAUCAGAGACACUAAGGCUGGGAAGUUUGUUAAUUUUGAGGAGCUCCCUGCCCCACCUGGUUACCCUCCCAUACCCUCUGCCCCUAGAGCUCAGUCUCGUCCAGCUCAAUCCUUACCUCCUUCUAGAGUGAGUCAGCCUUCAGGUGCUGGGGGUAGAGUGAAGCUAUCAGUGAAUGAGGGACAGAUUAGAGCUUUGAAGCAAAGAGGAGCCGAGUUUCAAAGAGCAGCAAGAGAGGCAAAGGCUAAGGGAGAUAAAGAAAAGGCACUGGGUUAUCUUAGGUACUAUAAAGGUAUUGAACCAAUGAUAGCAGCUGCUGAGAGUGGAUACCCUGUUGAUAUGACACAAGUCCCUCCCUCUCCUUAUUCUGAUCCAAGUAAAGCAACAGCCAGUAAAGGUGUACUCUCUCACUUGGAGAAAGCCAAAGAAGGAGAUGAGGACACGUUUGAUUUGAUAGAGAAACAACUUGAAGAACAGAAAGACAUUUGCUCAGAGAAUGCUAAGGUCUACGAGAAACUAGGUAACCUUGGAGCUGCCUCUCAAUACAAGAACAUGGCAGACACCUGUCAGAGAGACUUACUUGCUAUUAAAGGAAUUAGAAAACAAGUAAGAGAGAUUAGUACAGGACCUGCAUCUUCUCCGAUAAAAGUGGAACAGACUACUAGUCUUGAUGCUCUUAAAUUAGAGUUCUCUCUUGUACAAAAUGCCAUCAAAGCGGGUAAGAAGGAUCCUGCUAUUGUUCAGCGUGGCCGGUCCUUACAGUCUAAGAUUCAAGAGACUAAGCAAAGACUUCAAAGUGAUGCUGGGUUCAGACGAGAGUACUUGUCCGCCAUUGCCCGGGAAAUAAAGACAGAGAAGGUUUAUGAGCAACAGCUAGUGCAGGCUGGUAGGACUGGAGAGGCUAAGAUAAUACAAGGAAGGAGGAGAGUAAUGGAAAAUGAAAUAUCUAAAAUGACUAAGAAAUAA